AUGGACGAACUACUACGCUCUGAGAUCAUCCAGGGAAACCCCAUUGGGGACGGCCUUGAUGCCUUCCGCGCCUGCUUCAUUGCUGUUUGCGACAGCGCGGGCGCCACCUGCACUCCAGCCGCAAUUGAGCAGCUGGAGCAUCAAGAUCUCCGGAAAGUUGUCCUAUCUUGUCUGAGAGCGGCACAAAACCUCCCAGCUGCCGACCUCCUACCUGCGACGACAGGUCGCGGUAGCCUUCGAAGCGACCUACUGCGGCUUGAGCUCUCGCUCCUCUCGGACGACUUUGACUUCGACCGGAUCAAGCCCCUUCUGACAUCUGCUCUCGCCAACCACCCCGACGAUUCCUCUAUUUGGCAUCAAGUCUACAGCGCCGUUGUUGAGCCCACGCCGCCUCCUCGUUUGAUUGUGUCUUCUCUCCAACAAACGCCAUGGCUGCGUAACACCAGCAGCUUCCCGAACUCAUCCGAGCAUCGCAAAUAUGUCGAUGAUGUGCUGAAGGAGGAGCUUGGCCCUAUGUAUGUCGGGCUCCGCAACUUCCACGACACAUACUUUGGAGGCGUGGUCAGUUUGGAGACUGCAUCCAAGGCUUUCUUUAACCAGUGCCUCGAGGGUAGCGGGCCAAAGUUUGAGGAUGGUUGGGAGGGGUGGCCCAAAGAUGCGAACCAGGAUGAAGUCCUGAGCUGGUUUGCGGGCUUCAUCGAGAAGCUUACGGCAUUCGCGGAUGGCCAGCAGUCGAGCCCAACCCGUCGAUGCGGAAGAAGACCCUUGGCAAAGCCCAACGAGCCGAUUCAUGGUUCUGUGGGGAGACGGAAAAUGGACAUAGGGUUCAUGAAUGAUGCUCAAGCUCAGAAGGACUCGAGAUGCCACUGGUCCCAAGUUCUCGUGGCUGGAGAGCUGAAGAGCAACCCAUCCGCAGACAAAGCGUCGGAGGCAUGGCUCGACCUUGGGAGAUACGCGAGAGAAGUGCUCGCUGCACAGGAUUCCCGUCGCUUCGUCCUGGGCUUUACUAUCUGCGGGUCUCUCAUGAGGGUAUGGGCUUUCGAUAGGGUUGGCGGUAUCGCAUCCGAGCAAUUUGAUAUCAACAAGGACGGGCGUCGGUUCGUGUUCACGGUCCUCGGCUUCCUCUGGAUGAGCGAAGAAGAACUCGGGUUCGAUCCGACAAUAGUGACGGCAAACCACGAACGUUUCAUUGAGAUCGAGCGAAACGGUUCCAGAGAACGGGUCAUCAUCGACGAAGUCAUGCUACGCGCGCGUUGCAUAGCUGGCCGGGCGACAACUUGUUGGAAGGCCCAUCCCGAAGGGCAUCCGGAGAUGGUUCUUGUGAUCAAGGAUUCGUGGCAAUACCCUGAACGCGAUGAGGAGGGCGAUCUGCUGUCCGAGGUGGCGGACAAAGGGGUUAUCAACGUGGCCCGGCAUUACCACCACGAAACCGUUCAGAUACGUGAGACGGACGACGAUGUUCAGAAAAAUGUUCGACGGUGGCUGGAUAUUACUGCGGCAACGAACUACCGACUAGGACGUCCUCUACCGCUAAGUGACGCACUAACGCAUGCGCCGCGGAAAGGCCGCAGCAGCUCUAGCAGGAAGCGGCCAUCCAGCCAAACCGAUUCCCCCUUACCCCCAGGCAAGCGAUCCUGCUCCGUAUCUCCAACAAAGCCCGCCAGCGGAAUGCCAAAUCGGGUGCAUCGGCGUGUUAUUCUCCGGGAUUAUGGAAAGCCUAUCUACAAGGCGAGCUCUCGAUCGGCGCUACUUGCCGCCCUGGCGGGCUGUGUUGAAGGUCACGAGACUUUGCACAAGGCUGGCAUCCUCCACAGAGACGUAUCCAUCAACAAUCUCAUGAUCAACGAGGACGCUGACAACGCCUCCUGGCCUUCGUUUUUGAUCGACCUCGACCUCGCCAUCAGAACUGAACGAGGCGGUGCCUCGGGUGCAAAGGGAAAGACAGGAACGAGGGCCUUCAUGGCAAUCGGUGCUUUGCUAGGGGAGCAGCAUUCCUUCAUGCACGACCUGGAGUCAUUCUUCUGGGUUCUCUUCUGGAUAUGCAUCCGCUACAAUGGGCCAGAUAAGGGCAGAGCCGUCCGAGAGUUUGACAAGUGGAAUUACGUUGAAAUGAAGGAGCUGGCCAAAUUGAAGUUGGGUACAGUGGCGAAGGAGGAAAUCUUCAUGGAGACAGCCACGGACCAUUUCACGCUCUAUUACAAGCCUCUGAUCCCAUGGGUUAACAGGCUGCGACGACAAGUUUUUCCAAUGGACAAGCCAUGGGAGCGGGAGGACCCGGGAUUGUAUUCCGUAUUUAGGGCCAUUCUCCUUGAUGCCCAGCAGGACCCGAAGGUAUUAGGCAAUGUAUAG